AUGUUAGUAACUUUAAUUUAUAUUUUGCAAUACAAUAAUUAGAGAUUCUUCCUUAAGAUAGGGGUAUUUAUAAUUAAAAGAAAAAUCCAAAUAAAGUUUGUUCAACUGCUCCUCUUUUCCUUAUAUUAAAGUUAAGAGAAAUUCUCCUUGUACAUUUGCUAUAUAAGGUUCAUCAGAUUUAUAAAAGAAGGGUUUAGUUCUAUCAACAAGGGUGACGGUUUUCUUUUAUUACUUAAUAAAGGAUAAUUCAGCAUACUUACUCAAAGAGGAAUAAAAAUCCUCACGUAUGUUGUGUUAUUUUAUAAUUGCUAUAUCAUCAGCUUAAAUAAAAUAACAUAAAAAAGACAAAAGUAUAAUCGAAGCAUAAAAUAAGUAAAUAUAUUAUCUAUUAUAACAUAAUAAAAUCAAUAAAGCAGCAGUGAAGAAAAUGAUAAGAAAUUACAAAAAAAUAAUUCUUACUUCAAGAUCAAAACUAGUAAAAGUAGCAUAUAAAAUCUAAUUUAAUUGCUUUACCUUAUUAAUAUUCAAAGAAAACUUUAUAAAUAAAUAAAUAAAAAAUAAGGCCAAAAUAAAGUAAAUCAUUUCAGAAUCAGAGUCGUCUUCUAAAGAUCUUCCAAUUAAAAAAAUAUAAUAAGUAAACAUAAUGUCAUUUGUAAUUUAAUCUGGAGAGGAAGAAAUAAAAAAUAAGCGAAAGAAUGGAGAAAAAUAUUUAAUGAAGGUUCCUAAUAAUCAACCCAUAAGUAGAUAUCUCAAUAAAAUAAUUUGAGCACUAUUUAAUCUAAUUCACACAAAAAUUCUUAAGAAAAUACUCAAGAAUAAUAAUUGCAACAAAUAGGUUCAAUAUUUUCUACAAUAUAGCUAAAUGAAUAUAUCAAUUUACCUGUUUAAUAUAUAAAAGAUGAUUCUACAUUGAUUAUAAAAAUGACGAAAUACUUUUUAAGUAUUAUAAUUUAGAUAUUGAAAAAUGCUAACCUGUUGUGAGUGAUUUUUUAUAAGGAAAAGUUGAAAAAAACUGUUAAUAAGAUAAAAAAUUAAUAAUUUAGAUAAAUAGAAACUAAACAUUGAUAAUAUAUUAUAGAGAAUUGAAAGAGUUGAAAAUUCAUUUUUUAGCAAUAGAGUCACAAACUAGAAAAUAAAUCAUAAAAUUUUUGUCAUAAGAUUCAGAUAAAUAAUAAUAAGUAUCAUUACAGUAAUUAAAUAAUAAAAUUGAUGAUAUCUAAUAAUAAGAAAAGGAAUUUGUUAUAGAUCCAUUUGGCAUUGGCUAAUAAAUUAAUUAUUAUUAUAGUGAUAAAAAUUAUUCAAAAGAUAAUUUUAUUUUAUAACACUCAGCUAAAGAUCCUGAAAAAUGUAUAUAUUUUUUAAAUAUAUAGUUAUGAAAUUUAAAUUGCUAUUGAAUUUUCCAAAAGUAAAAUUAAAAAUUAAAAGUGAAGAAGAAUUAUUAAAAAUUGUUGAAUUAUUUUUAAUUAAAACCAAGGAAGAUUUAGUCAAUUUUGAAUCAAAGAAAAAUUAAGAGGGAUUAUAUAUGAUUAGAAAGAAAUAAAUUGUAUGA